CACUUGAACGGUUGAACCCACCAAUGCAUCCACCGUAGCCCGUAUAGAUGUACAUAGCUACAGACAUGGGGAGUGUCAUUGUCUUCUACAAAAUUCUUUUAUCUCUGCGCUUAUAAUCAAAAGAUUCUCCCGAAAAAAUCUUCUUGUACUUAUAAUCAAAAAGAAAGGCAGAAGCAAAACCUAUUUGCGCUUGCAACAGCAGCACUGAAAAUGGUUAAAGCCAUUCGGGUCCAUGAACUUGGUGGCCCUGAGGUCCUAAAAUGGGAGGAUGUGGAAAUAGGGGAGCCAAAGGAUGGAGAGAUCAGAGUGAAAAUUAAGGCCAUUGGACUUAACUUUAUCGAUGUAUAUUUUCGGAAAGGGGUUUACAAAGUUUCUGCAGUGCCUUAUACACCAGGUGUGGAGGCCGCUGGUGUUGUUAAUGCAGUGGGUCCUGGGGUAACUGGAAUAAAAGUUGGAGAUCUAGUUGCUGCUAAUGUAAUGGGUGCAUACGCUGAAGAGCAGAUCCUUCCUGCAGAAAAAGUGGUUCCCCUUCCUUCAUCUAUUGAUCCUAUUUUAGCAGCAUCCGUCUUGUGUAAGGGAAUGACUGCCCAGUACCUACUUCGGCGUUGCUUCAAAGUUGAACCAGGACACACAAUCCUUAUUCAUGCAGCAGCAGGUGGAACUGGAUCUCUACUGUGCCAAUGGGCAAAUGCCCUUGGUGCAACAGUUAUUGGAACUGUCUCGACUAAAGAGAAGGCAGCCCAAGCCAAAGAUGAUGGUUGUCACCAUGUCAUAAUUUACAAAGAAGAAGAUUUUGUUACCCGCGUCAAUGAGAUAACUUCAGGCAAAGGAGUUGAAGUCGUAUAUGAUUCUGUUGGAAAAGAUACUUUCGAGGGAUCAUUGGCUUGCUUAAAGCUUCGUGGAUGCAUGGUGAGUUUUGGCCAGUCAUCUGGUACACCAGACCCGGUGCCAUUGUCAGCUAUUGCAGUAAAAUCUCUGUUCUUGACAAGGCCUACCAUGAAGCAUUACAAUGUGACUCGGGACGAAUUGCUGGAAGCUGCUGGAGAGGUAUUUGCCAAUGUUGAGUCGGGUUUUCUGAAAGUUCGUGUAAAUCAUACAUACCCUUUAUCUCAGGCAGCGCAAGCACAUGCUGAUCUCGAGAGUCGAAAAACAUCUGGAUCUGUUGUACUUAUACCGGAUGGAUGUUGAAUAGUCGUUCGAGGAGCAAGUGAUAGUGAUGCUCCUUACUGUUUAGUGGCUAAAAGUUCAUGUUUUAUACUCUCAAAAUUGUUUUCUGCUUCUGUAUCUUUGUGUGUGUGUGUGUGUGUGUGUGUGUGUGUGUGUGUGUUUUUGUCUUCGAAGGGACGUAAUUCGGGUGUUAUGAAUUCGGGAUUACUAUUACUAAGAUUGUCAAGUUCUAAAUAGAAAAGCUGCUGAAUUUGUAAU